AUGUUAAACCAAAUCGUUUUAAUGGAAAUUGCCAGAGCAAUGAAUUCCUUGGGCUAUUUAUUUGGAAAUAGCAUUUUCGACAUCAGAAAAGGAACUAAAAUUGAACAAGAAGUUCUAGAUGCCAUCAAAAGUGACCAAGAUUUACAAAGUCAAACUUUUAUUUACUAUGUUCUUGAUGUUACAGGCAACUCGGAAUCUUUUGAAGGAAGCUCAAAUCCUACAGAUCAUGCUGAUACUUGUGAACUUGGAUUAUGCAACAAGUCCAACGUUUGUGAACUUGAAUUAUGGUACAGAUUGAAAGCUUUUGAAAGAAACUCAGAUGCUACUACUCAAACUGAAUCUUGUGAACUGGAAUUACGCUGCAACUCAGAAUCUUUAGAAGGAAACUCAGAUGCUACUACUCAAACUGAAACAUGUGAACUGGAAUUAUGCUCCAACUCGGGAUCUUCAGAAGGAAGCUCAGAGGCUACUACUCAACCUGUUACUUGCCAAUUGCCACCUCAGAGAAGACCAAACCAAACUAAAGCAACUUUUAGGUUAGAUAAGGAUACUUUGAAAAGAAUUGCUUACACAAUGGAAUCCUUAGGAUAUUAUUUUGGAAAUGAUAUUACCGACAUCAGACAAAGAACUACAAAAGAGCAAUAUGAUGUUCAAUGCCGAGUAACACCUCAGAAAAGACCACACCAAAUCAAAACAACUUUCAGGUUAGAUGACGAUACUUUGAGAAGAAUUGCUCUCUCAAUGAAUUCUUUGGGAUAUUACUUUGGGGAUGAUAUUACUGACAUCAAAAAAAGAAGAGAGCAAGAUGAAGGUAAGGCUAUUGAAUUAAAAGAAGCUGAAGAAUCUUUAGAAGGAAACUCAGAUGCUAAUACUCAAACUGAAACUUAUGAACCUGAACUAUGCUGCAACUUAGAAUCUUUAGAAGGAAACUUGGAUGCUACUACUCAAACUGAAACAUGUGAACUGGGAUUAUGCUGCAACUUAGAAUCUUUAGAAGGAAACUCGGAUGCUACUACUCAACCUGUUACUUGCCAAUUGCCACCUCAGAGAAGACCAGACCAAAUUAAAGCAACUUUUAGGUUAGAUAAGGAUACUUUGAAAAGAAUUGCUCACACAAUGGAAUCCUUAGGAUAUUAUUUUGGAAAUGAUAUUACCGACAUCAGACAAAGAACUACAAAAGAGCAAUAUGAUGUUCAAUGCCGAGUAACACCUCAGAAAAGACCACACCAAAUCAAAACAACUUUCAGGUUAGAUGACGAUACUUUGAGAAGAAUUGCUCUCUCAAUGAAUUCUUUGGGAUAUUACUUUGGGGAUGAUAUUACUGACAUCAAAAAAAGAAGAGAGCAAGAUGAAGGUAAGGCUAUUGAAUUGAAAGCACUUGAAGAAUUGAUCAGAUGGAAACCGGGGAAGCAGAUCUGCAAAUGUACUGCUCUCUUCCUCGAUCUUAGAAACUAUUAUCUGAAUUCCUACGACACUGAUACUUCAAAUAGCCCAAUGGAAUUGAUAUCUAAUAAGCACUUUGAAAAUUCUGAAGAAAUCAGCUCUGGUGCUACUACUAACUCCGACACUAGUGGAAUGGAUUUGGAGUUCAGCUCAGAUGAUACAGGUUGCACUGAUAAUGCCGACUUUGAGGUGAUUGAUACUUCAAAACUUUUAGACAAGAGUUUUGACAAGGGCCAACUUGAACUGUGGUCCAGCUCAGAAUCUUUAGACAAAGAUUUUCACUGGCCACUGGAACUCCCAAACCCUAGAGCACCAAGACACACCUUUAGAUCGAAGUGGGGUAGAAUGUGCUCCGCGGAACUUUCAGAUUAUGAAGAGGAAUUCCAUGAAGAAUAUGAAGAUGAAAAUAAAUUUAGAAGAUUUGAUAACAACUUCGGAACGAUUGGAUUUGGAAUUUACACAAUUUAUGAAGAGGAAGAGAAAGAAGAAGGAGAGGAAGAUGAGGAAGAAGAGGAAGAGGACGAGGAAGAAACACGAGAAAGAAAAGAAAGAGAAAACAAUUACAAUUGGUAUGAUUAUAAUUAUGAUGAUGAUGAUGAUGAUGAUGAAAAAGAAGAAAGGUACGAAAGGGACGAAAGGGAAAAAGAAAUCUUAGCUGCUAAACUUGAAAGAAUCUUCUCAGACUACAAUUUGGAAGAUGAUCUGUUGGAAAUGAUGGAAUCUGGUCUAGCUGGUCCACUUGGUGGUAACAACUUGGAUCUGGCUGAAAAUGAUAAUAGCCAAUCCGAAUACCUAUCCGAUGCUAUUCUAUUUGACCCAGGAUGCUUAGACAAGUUAAAAAUUGUGUCUGCCAAAUGGAAAGUUAGCUGA